AUGCCGCAAUUAAGCCAGGGACAAUACAAAGUGACCAAAAAAUGCCAAAAAGCUUGCGAAAGAUGUCGGGUAAUGAAAGUCAAGUGCUCCGGCUCUCAGCCGUGCACUCGCUGCGAUCGCAAGAAGCAUCGAUGCAUCUUUGCUGUCGAGGAUAAGAGGAUAUCGGUGCCGGAAAGUUACCUCCGAGAACUUCAGAACCGGAAUAGUGAGCAUCCAGCCUCGGACCGCUCGACGAGGGCUCUAAGCCGGGGAGACGACGUCGAGGACACGCCGAGCCAUGGUGAGUUGUGCUUGUCUCUUGUCGCUAAGCUUGUACCUUUAGAAGAGUCAACUCUUAUUGACGCUGUCAACGGUGUAGACAGCCCACAACCAAUAGGCGCUCCGGCAUCCGAGCCGGAUACUGAGGUAGGAGGUGCCCGUUCGAAUCAGGGGGAUCAUGGCGACUUUGGCCCCGGGUUUAGGCAAAACCCGCUGGUCGACAACGAUUACACCUUUGCAAAGGUCGGGGAACGAUACUGGUACAUGGGCCCAACAUCAUCAUGGUCGUUCUGUAGACGAGUGUUAGCCCUCCUGGGCAAACGCCUACCAGAAGCAGCACCAGAUCCAUGGCAUCUCCCUCACGAGGGCGCCUUCAGGAUGCAAUGGACGCCAUUAGGUGCCACUGAGACCCCCGACGUCUCCAACCUCCCACCGUUAGACUACGCCCUCUUCCUAUUCAACACGGUCAAGUUCUACCUCGGCGCCGUCUUCUAUGUAAUUGACGAGCCAUCCUUUCUCAAGAAUCUGCAUGAGUUGUACGAGGACCCCGCGGGCAAGGCUAGCUCGGCGAGGUUGUGGUAUGCGCAGUACCUCUUGGUUUUGGCGUUCGGCAAGGCAUUUGUUGUGAAUAGUACCUCACAUACGGCACCGCCGGGAGUACAAUAUGCUGCAAGAGCCAUGUCGUUGCUGCCAGAUCUAUCAGGGCUGAAUCCGGAUACGAUCCCAGCUAUCCAGGCGCUUGCUCUGGCCGCGUUGUACUUUCAGUGUUUAGAUAUGCGGUUGGCUGCGUAUCAACAUAUCGGACAAGCGUUGCGAAUCGGUAUUGUUGAGGGCAUCUACAGACACAUGCCCGAAGAAGUUGUCGGGAUUGAAUACUCGAGACGCUGCAACAUCGUCUUCUGGGUGGUGUACACUCUAGACAGAGAGUUCUCGGCCUUGAUGGGAGCGCCGACUUCAAUUCGAGACGAGGACAUCACUGUGAAACUCCCUUCACAGAUGAAUAACUCCCUCGAUGCACUCAACAUGACCCUCCACGUACGGCUAUCGCGGCUCAUGGCCCGUAUUCUUACAACUAUUUACGGUGUGGGCAAAGAGUUUGAUGGCUCAUUGGUCCCCAAUACACAGUCCAUCCUAAGGGACCUAGCCAGAUUAUCACGAGAUCUUACCGCACUCCUCGACACCCACUUUCAAGGCUCGGUCAGCCGAGCUUCUAGGAUGGCACUACGACUUAUCCUAUCUUAUCACCACGUAAGUACUUCUCCGCACUAUUCCAUCUCCCUGACACCACCAGUCGCAUCCCUCCUCCAAUCCUGCGUCGACUCGGCACAAACCGUCCUCCGAACCCUCCGUGUGCUCGGCGAUGAAGACCUCCUCGAAGCCUUCCUCCCUUUUCAGCUCGAAGACGCCUUCUCCUCCGCCUUCCUCCUCUACCUUAUUCGCGUCAUCAGCCCGUCCCUUCUUCACGACGAUUCAUGGUGCGAGAAUAUCAAGUGCGUGCUAGACAAGAUGAUUUCAAAAGGGAGUCUUGUGGCGCCGCUGAGGAAGCUGGAGCUCAGUCAGUUGGAACACAUCAUGUCUGCGUUGACGCCUGUGGGCGAGGAGCCGCCGACGCCGCCGCCGACGAGUGCGGCGCAUCAUCAUUCUCAGCAUCAUCAUGGGCACGGGCACGAGCAUGGGUCAUUCUUGGAUCAGAUGGAGGAGGCUGGGUGGGAUAUUUUUGAUACGAGCGGGAUGGGCGGUCUUUCUCCGCAGGCGUUGCUGGAUUUGGCGGAGAGGUUGGAUGUGGAGGACUUGAUUCAAUCUGUUGAUGGGGAUGGUGACAGAAGAUAA